UUGAAUAACUUUCGGGCCAAAGGUUAAGGUAAUAUUGAGAGAUUUGGGUUAAAUCAGACUAUUCCGUCUUUGGUGUCCUAAUUUUGCAUUUUAAUCAGCAACCUUGACCAGCCUAAAUGUCAAUUGGUGAACAGAAUAUGAAAUCCUUGGAGGCCAAGGUGGUGGUGUUAGGAUCACAAGGUGUAGGUAAGACUAGUGUAGUAAUACGAUAUGUUGGUGGAAUGUUUAGUAAAGCUGUCAGUCCCACUAUAGGAGCCUCUUUUUUUACCUAUAAAUUAAAUUUAGAUAGUUAUCGUGUCAAGUUACAAGUAUGGGAUACUGCUGGUCAAGAAAGAUUCAGAUCUAUGGCCCCAAUGUAUUACAGGAAAGCUAAUGCAGCUAUGUUGUUAUAUGAUAUCACUUGCACUGAUAGUUUUUAUGAUGUUAAAGAUUGGGUAAAAGAGUUAAAGAAAAAUGUUGAUACACCAAUAGUUAUGUGUCUACUUGGUAAUAAAAGUGAUUUAGAUAGUGGAAGAAAGGUGUCUAUCGAAGAUGCAGAAGAAUAUGCUAAAUCUAUAGGAGCUUUAUUUUAUGAAGUAUCAGCUCUAAAAAAUACAGGAAUUGAGGAUGCCUUUUUACAUGUGGCCAAGGAACUCAUUAAAUUAUAUGAAACUAACCCUGAGGCAGGUUUUCAUGUGCCGGAACAAAACACAUCUUCAGACAUUUUUGGCUCAAAUGAACCAAUGAAACUUCAAGAGACUAAUGAACCAGUACAAAAACAGAAAGAAUGUGGUUGUUGAUAUUUUGAUUCUGUGAUAUUGACAAGUAAAAUAACCAUGAGUUACAUUGUAAACCACAUUUUGUCAUCAACAUGCCUUCAAUCAUACAAGUGUGUAUGUACAGUAUAAUAUGGUCUCUGUAGAGGAAGGUGACAGUAAUGUGCCAAUGGAUAUAUUAUAGUCUUUCUUUCAACAAACCGUCUCUUAUUUUUAUAUGCAUUUCAUAGUACAUAAAGAUUAUAAAAAAAAAUAUUUUGUAAGUGUUCAAUAAAUAUCAUCCACAUGUCCUAUUUAAGUCUAAGUGGCCCAUUACACUAAGCAACAUAUAAUAAGUAAAAUUGUACAAAAUAUUUUCUUUCUCUGAAAUAGCUUGAGUAGAAAUUGUUGAAUUCAUAGGCUUGGAGCGUGCUCUGAACUGAAUGAGAAGAGGAAGGUUCAUAUCCAAAAGAAACAAAAUUGUGAGGUAUUCUCCUGAUCCAAAACUUUAUAGUAGCCUUUCACUAAUUAGUGUCAAUAAAUGUUGGUAUUCAUAGGGGUAUCAUAUUUGCUUUGUAUAAUUGCCAUGAAUGUACCUUGAUUUCUAGGAAUCAUUAUCCAAGGUACCAUCUAUGGAAGAAUAGCCACUUGCAUUUUUUAAGAGAUUACUAUUUUUAUUUGAACUGUACAUUUUUGAUAUGGCAGCUGUAUGUGAGUAAUAAACCAUUUCUCAUUAAAUCCAUCACAAUUUUCUCUAAGAUAUCAAACUAUAAAUUUAAAUUGGCAUCAUUUCAAUUCUAAAGUUAUAGUAAAUGUAUACAUGUAUUAGAAACUAAAUUAAUCAAAUUAAAUACAAUAUAUUUUUUCCUGAUUGAGGUUACUUUAAUAAAAAAAUGUUCUGGUAAAUGAUAUUAAAUUACAACAUCAUACUCUUUGUUAUUUCUUCAUUUGUUCUAACACUAUUGUAUAUAGAAGAUUAAAAGCUAUCUUUACUUUGUUGUGGGUUAUGGAGGUAAUUUCAUUACAUAUUAGACUUACGAGUCAAAAAAUUCAAAACUAUGGCUAUGAGAGCAACAAAAAGAUGUUGUUGAAGUAAUUGUAAUCUAUAAUUUAUUGUGUCCUGCAUAUAUCUUGUUCAAAUAUUAAAUAUCUUUGAAAAAGGUGGUGACCUUAUGGAUGUGUAAAACCCAUUUUUCUCUCUUAUAGAUUAUUGCUUUUAAUGUCUUUAAGUUUGUACAAAUUAGUGAUACAUGUACAGUUUGAAAUCUACUUAAUUUCAUUGUAUAAAUGAAUAUGUUUAUCAUUGAUGUACAUAUCUAAUUUAUCAAAUUGACCCAUAUAGCUUAUCUAUGAUUAAUUUAUUACUAUUAAGCAUGAUACAUACAUGUAAGAAAAUAUAGAAUAUAGUCAUGGUUUUUGACCUGAGGCAAAUAGGGUAUGUUCCAUUGUCCUUGUUUUUAUAUAAUUCUGAAAGUUAUUUUAUCACAUACAGUGUGCUGGGGCUGAUGGUCAUACAUAUAUGACAGGGUUAUUUUAUUCUUUUUACAAAAGGCACCUUUAAAUUAAAGUUGUUUCUUUUUUUCUAACAUAAAAAGCAGAUAUUACUAUUUUGCUCAUUAUGAAAUAUUUAUAUAUAUAUGCACAGACUUUGUUAUUAUUUUAUGAUUAAUAAACUGACGAAAUGACAGUUUUUGUGUGCAUGGAGAACCUCAAUAUAAUGUUUACUUGUAGAAAUGGAAAGUUUUUUUACCUAUAUUAUUAUUAAUACUAUUUAUACUAUUAUUUUAUGUUUACAAUUAAUUAAACAUCAGGAAAUAAAUUAAAGAUUUCACUCUUCAAACAGGUUAUUGAAAUUCUUUGGAAAUUGAGAUGUUACAGAAAAGUUGUGUAUCUGCUUAAUUUUAAUAAAUUUGUUAAAAGUUGCAUUAUGUAAGAGAUAAAUGCAGGUCUUUUUUCUGGCUUCAUUUAUUAACAUUUACAUUUAUUAACAUGACAAACCCAAAAUUAGAUCUUUGGGCCAUCAGAUGGUUUCGAUUUUAAGUAGAUUAGAACACAGUGGCUAUUUAAGAGUUUAACGAUAAAAUAGAUAAUCAAGACUUAAUCUUGAUUGUCAAGUACUGUUGCUAUGAAUAUCGAAAAACUAUGCCACAUUUUGUGAAAACUUCAAACACUCAUUACUUCACUCACAAUAAAGUAAUUUGACUGGAAUUUUCAAUAUAUUCAUUUUUCAUUAUCUAUUUUUGAACUAUUAUGGCAAGAAUGGCCAGCUCUUUAUCUAAAUCUUACAUAAUGCAUCUUUAAUUACUUUAAUUUUAAUAAAUUAUAUUUUCGUUUUAUAUAUAAUUUUGUUUAUUAUUACCAGUACAUGUAAAUAAAUGUAAAUAAAAAUAAUAUUAAAGAA